AUGUUGGCAGAAUUGUAAGCAAAAUAGACUAAAUUGGCCUUGCAAAGAAUGACUCCAGAAGAGAGAGCAGCUUUUGAAGCUAAGAAUAAGCCGCCUCCUCCACCCACUAAUUCUGCAGAUUUCUAAGCUAAACUUGCCAUGCUCAAUUAAUAAGAACCAGGACUUGCAUAAUCAUAACAAACAGCCCCUCCUAAUACUCAAGUCAUAGUGAAUAAAGCUGCUCCUCCUCCUCCCCCACCUCCACCACCUCCUCCUCCUCCCAAAGGAGCUCCACUUCCUCCACCUCCUAAACCUCCUGGUCCUCCUGCUGCUAAAUCAACAACCAAUCCACCUAACUCAACUCCAACAAAGCCAGCCUAUUAACCUCCUCCACCUGUGUAGAACCUACCUCCUCCUCCACCACCUCCACCUCCUCCUCCAGCUAAACAAAACAUAAUGCCUCCUCCACCGCCGCGACCAGUAUAAUAAUAAUUUUAAGUUCCCGCUUAAUAAUAAAUGUAAUAAGCAGGCAACGUUACAAAUUGUCAGAAUCUAGGUUCAUAAAAGUAAUAAUCAAAUGAUGCACCUCUUCCGGUUACAAAAAACCAAGGAGAAGUUGUGGGGGAUACCAAGUAAGUCGAAAUUCAUGAACUUCAAACAGAUAAAAAAUAAAAGAUUGGACUCAAUUACUUUGUAGUUAUUGGUGGUGUUAAUUUGUAAGAAUCGCUAUAAGCAACUACAUUUGAAAAUAUUGAUAAAAUUAACCAAUUAACUGCGCCUUCUUUAAAUGAAAAUAGGCAUCCAGAAUUCUAUUCUAUCAAAAAAGGAUUCAGAAAAUUGGAUUAGAAUCCUAACUAAGCCGUGAUUUACUUUUCAAACUCAGAUACAAAAUAAGUAAAAGUUACCAGAAAUUUUGAAAAAUACCUGAAGAAUGACAAUAAUUCUUGGACAUGCAGUUAAAAUAAGGAACAUUUGUAAUUAUUAAAGAAGAAGUAUCGAAAGGAUAUUGAUAAAUACAAAGAAGAUUAACUUAAAGCCAUUUAAUUAGCCCUCUAAUAAGCUCUCUAAGAAACAAUUUAAGAAACAGUUGAAGAGAAUGUAUUGAAAGAAAUAGAUGAAAAUCGAUUUUAAGCAGCCAGUAAAAAGUUGUAAGAAAUAAUAAACAUUAAAGUGAGCAAUAAUGAUUACUCUUCCCUAUAAACAUUGCUUCCAUAGAUUCAAAAAUUUAAAGAUACUAAGUAGAUUUAUGAUGAAUUGAAUCCUGAGGCAAGAUAAGAUCUCGCAGGUACUUUAGAAUCCAUGAUGACGGCAAUAGAAUCGAUGAUUUUGUGA